GACAACAAAUGGUCACACCCGGCGACGAAGUGCUCCCAGGGCACGCCCGCUGCCUGGACUCGAUUGGCUGCUCGUCCAACCAAUCAGAGCGCGCGGGCGGGCAGCCGUCAACGGGUUCCAGCGGCAAAACAUUUUGAAUCUGGAGGGAAGUUUAACGGCCGGUGGCGCGCGGUUGUCGUCCAGUCCCCUCCCGCCAGGGCAGUGCCGCCAUGUCCGAGGAGCAGCAGCGGCACAGUCCGCCGGCUGAAGCGGUCGCCGUGCACGGGGAAGGAGCAAGCGAGCAGCCGGAGUCGCCCAGCCUCGGCGACAGGGGGAGGGAGGAAGCAGGAGUGGACAGUGAUGAAUUCAACAGCCCCAGUGGAUCUACUGACCAAGUAUCUACAUGUCUUUUUCAAGAUCAAAAGGAAAGUAAUGUCAAUUGUGACAGUUCUAACAAGGAAAUAACUUUGAAAAGAAUUUUCCAUGGAAGAACAGCCAUGUUUCCAGAAGUUGUUGAGACAACCCAAUUAUCAUACUAUGAAAGAUACAAGGCUUACCAGGACUACAUCUUGGGUGAUACAAAACCAUCAGAAGUGCAGGAAUUCAUUGCAGAAUAUUUGGAGAAGGUUCUAGAACCAUAUGGAUGGCAAGCAAUCUGGUCCAAUGAUAUAUUUGAGGUGCUGGUUGAGGUGACUGAUGUGGAGACUUCAAGCCUAAGGGCAGCGGUAAAGCUAACAGAACCAUUCCUUUAUGAGUCUGAAAUGUAUUCUUUGAACAUGGAAGCAAUGGAAAGUUUACUUGAGGCAAAAGAGCACCUUGUGCCUCUACGAGAAUUGUACGUGGUUUUUGAUGAGUCAGGAGAGUUUGAUCAAACAGCCCUUGCUAUUGAACAUAUCAGAUUUUUCUACCAACAUAUUUGGAGAAUCUGGGAUGAAGAUGAUGAAGAUGAUGAUUUUGAUUACUUUGUCAGAUGUUGUGAACCAAGAUUAAAGCUGUAUUAUGAUAUUCUUGAGGAUCGUGUUCCUGCCGAUCUCAUUGCUGAAUACAAUCACCUGUUAUCAAAGUGUGAGGAGACAUACAAAGAAUUUAUAAAAUUGAGAAAUAAUAUCUCUGUUAGUGAUUCUGAAUCUGAAUUGAAUAACGUUUCCAUGGUGGAAGGUGUUAAACUUUGUGAAGAGCUGGAUAAGCUUAAAUAUAAGCUUCAAAUAAUGGAGUCUCCACUUUACAGGUAUGUGCUACGCCAGGAUGGCUAUGGAUUGCCAGGAAAGCAGGCCAAAGGAAUUCGUUCUUCAGGUGAAAAAGUUAUUCAUGUUGUUUCAAGCUCCAUGACCAUUAAUCUACUGCAAUCAUUAUUGAAGGAGAAACUAAACCCAGACUCUUUUAUUCAGGAGCAAGCAAUGGAGUUUCAUAGCGAUCCACUUGCAGCAAUAAAUGCCUGUUACGAAGGAGAUGCUGUUAUUAUCUGUCCUGGUUGUUACAGUGUGAAUGGCUAUUUCAGAAUUGCUGAUUCCAUUCAAGUAGAAGGGUAUGGACUUCCUGAUGACAUUGUUCUAUUGAAAGAAGGCAAAGGAGACACCUUUGUUGAUUGCACAGCCACUUGUGUAAAAAUAUCAAAUCUGAAAUUUAUUCAGCAUGACGCUACAGAGGGUAUUUUAUGUGUCCGCAAAGGCCAGACUAUUCUAGAGAGUUGUGUAUUACAAUGUGACUCUACGGGGGUUGUGCUGAAAACCACAGCAGAACUGCGUAUGAAGAAUUGUGACUUGUAUGGAGCAAAGGGGGCAGGCAUUGAAAUUUACCCUAGCAGUACAUGUGAGCUGUUUGGCAAUGAUAUACAUCACUGCAAGGAGGGAAUACUUAUUAAGAAUUUCAUGGAGCAGCUAUAUGACGUGCCAAAAAUAACAAUGAUGAAUAAUCUUGUACAUAAUCAUGAAGACUAUGGUAUUACAAUGUCCAAAUUUGCAAUAAACUUCACAAAAAUGAAACCAUUUUUUGUACCGCGGCUUACAAGUGACGUGGAGCAAAAGAAGUUACAAAGUGAUUUCAAAGAACAAAAUUUGGAAUUAAAUACUGGAUGUUGUGUAACACAGCAAGUACCAGAUUUAUUAAUUGAUGGGUGUAAUCCUACUGCAUGUGAAGAAAUAGUGGUCUUGAACCCCACUGAUACUGCUGAAUGUGAUGAAGCAAUAACAAAUGAAUUAAUUUCUACUUCUGCAACAAAGAGGGAACAGUCCAGAAGUAGAUUAAAUGAAACAGUAGAGAGUGAGCUGAAUAACUUAAUGUCACAAGAAAUAUUCCCAUCUAUUGUAGGUAAUCAUUUUAAGAAGAAUGGAAAAGGAAGUUUUGGAAUUGUUUACUGUUAAUUUCAUUGUUGUGUAUAUAAAACCUUUUGUAGAUAAGUUGUACAGCUGCUUUUAAAAAUUGUAUAUGUAAAAUGGCAAAUUCACAAGCAAAUGAGAAAAUGCUGUAAUUGUUCAUAGUAUUGCAGUCCAAGGGUCUUCUCAGCAGUAGGUAUAUUUAGUCAGGUUUGUGAUCAUUUAAGCCAUGAACCUGUUUGAUCAAAUAAAGGUAUUUGCAGCUAAAUUAUAACCAGUUAAUUUGUCUUGUAUCUAAGGUCAUUUAGAAAGUAUUUUCACAAACUGCAAUUUUGUCACAAUUCAUUUGAGUAAAAUUUAAUUUAUGUGAAGUUUAUAGUGGGUUAGUCUCAGAAUUUUUCAUAUGCUAUUGCUGUAAACAUUGAGCCCCAAAAUGUAUACUGCUUGUGAAAUCCAAGAGCAUCUUGGCAGCCAGCUUUUCUGCUCAAAAGCUGUAACAUGUCUGAAGAGCCAGAACAGUUAAGGGCUUAUUUUAUAGCCAUACUUUCUACACAUUAAUUUCUGGAGAUUAAAAAAAAGUUACCGCUGGAGGAAUUCCAUGGGUCAGGCAGCAUCUGUAGAGGUGGAGGAUGGUCGAUGUUUCAGGUUAAUAUGCUGCAUUAAUCCUGAUGUAAGUCUUGACCCAAGAUGUUGACCAUCCCUCUGCCUCCACAAAUGCUGCCUGACCUACUGAGUUCCUCCAGCUUUAUGUUCCAGGUUACAGCACCAGCAGUGUCUUGUAUCUUCCCUAAUUUCUGGUCUGUUUAUUUUCAACACUACAUUUAUUUAGCUUUAUUCCUGCUACCUUUUGCUUUUUGUUUUGGUUGAGGGCUGAUGUUAUACAAAGGAAAUAGUUUACUACCAAAUCAACAUAUCACAUAUGUGGCUAGAAGUACUUCCAGUCAAUUGUUUAUUUUCCAUUAUCUGUAUUAAAUAAUUCAAUACUUAUAUUUGCUGUGCAUGAAUUUGAGAACUUUGUUUGUAUUUGAAUGAAGGAAGAUUCUUGAUAACCAGGUGAAAUCAUGUAACUUUGUAUUAAUGUUGAGUUGAUAUCCUGUCACACUGUUAAUGUGGACCAUUUUAUUGAAAGGUAAAAAUGAGAAUAAACAUGAAAAUACA